GAGCAAUAUGUCGUCCAAGAAACAAUCGGCGGCGGCGCCGACGUCCGUGGUGACGGACCCUCGUUUCAUCAAAGUCCACAAUGACCCUCGCUUUGCCCGGAACUCGAAGAAGAAGAACAAGGUGCAGCUCGACACGCGCUUCAAAGCAGUGUUGACCGACAAGAAGUUCCAGAGCGUUCAAGGCAAGUACGACAAGUAUGGUCGCCGCGUGGAAAAACAGGACAACGACAUGAAGAAGUUUUACAACGUCGAAGGCGAAGACAGUGACGACGAGGACACGGGGGAAGUGGCGUCCAAGAAGCCGUCGACGGCCGCCGAGCGUCGCAUCGCGUACCUCAACAAGAAAGCGCGCGGCGAGUUGAGCGGCGAAUCGUCUUCGUCGUCUUCAGAAGAAAGCAGUGACGACGACGGUGACGACAUCGAAGAAGACAUCGAAGAAGACAAUGAAGAAGAAGACAUUCCCCUCGGGGAUGAAACGAAGCGAUUCGCCAUCAUGAACUGCGACUGGAGUCGCAUGCGCGCCGUGGACUUGCUCGCGCUCUUCCAGUCAUUUCUUCCCGCCGCGGGCAUCCUCCACAGUGUUGUGGUGUAUCCAUCGGACUUUGGCUUGGCGAGAAUGGCUGACGAGCAAAAGUUUGGACCUCAAGGCCUCUGGGCGGACAAACCCGAGAAAAGUGGUGACGAAAGCGAUGACGAAAGUGGUGACGAGAUUGACGAAGCCGACCCAUUGGGUAUCAAGAACUCUGCCGCAGACGCCGACGAUGGAUUCGACAAGGAAAAGCUCCGUCGACAUGAACUGGACAAGCUAAAGUACUAUUACGCAGUAGCAACGUUCAAUUCCGUGUCGGCAGCGUCGGCCGUGUUUGACGCAUGUGAUGGGUUGGAGUACGAAACCUCGUCCAACACACUGGACCUGCGCUUCGUGCCGAACGAUGUCACAUUUAACAACCCCCCGAAAGAGUCGGCGACUGCGGUGCCGGACACGUACACGCCAUCCAUUUUUGCGACUCUGGCGCUGCAAAACACAGAGUUGGAGUGCACGUGGGACGAAGGCGACGGCGCGCGGGUGGACAAGCUCACGCGGCCGGCCAAUUGGAAGGACCUGAAGGAUGACGAUUUCGCCGCGUACGUCGCCAUGUCGGACGAGGAUGAUGCCGCCGACAAGCAUGAGGACGACUUGGACGCGCUCAAGCUCAAGUACAGGAAAGCGCUGCUCGGCAGCGAUGCAGACGAUGAUGAUGAUAGUGAGGGGGAGGAGGAUGGAAACAAGAAGAGCAAGAAGACAUCGAGCCAUGCCGACGAGUUUGGAGAUGGCGAUAUGGAAAUGACAUUCAACGACUCGAUGGACGUGCUCAAAGCCAAGCAAGCGCGGGAUGCCGCGGCAAAUGAAACGCCGUUUGAAAAGUACCAGCGGGAGAAAAAGCACGAGAAGAACGUGAAGAAGCAUGAGAAACGCGUGGCGGGCAAGGCGGCGCAUGCGGCGCAGCUGGACACGAUGAAGAACGCCGCCAAGACGGUCAAGGCUAAGGCGGCGGCCGUGGGGGAUGGUGAUGUAGAAGAAGACGAGGAGGACAAGCGAGAUUUCGACAUGAAGUUCAUCUCCAAGCUGGAGAAACACAAGGACAAAAAGGGAAAGCGGCACAAGACCGCCGUGGACAAGUUGAAAGCACAUGCGACGGGCCUCCAGCAAGGCUUUGCGUUCAACGCAACCGACAACCGAUUCGCCCAACUUGUGACCAACCACCCCGACUAUAGCCUCGACCCCACGGACGCCCGCUUCAAGCGCACCGAGGCGACGGAUGCCAUCUUUGAAACGAGGCGACAACUGUCAAAGUCCAAGCCGACCCAAGGACUAGACAAGGCCGACGUCGUGCCGCAACAGUCGUCGGAAGUGAAUGCGAUCGUCGCCAACCUCAAGCGCAAGGCCGCCGCCGGUGCAUCCAACAAACCCACCAAGAAGUCGAAUCGGUUCUAAUGCAUUUCUAUACGUGUCGACAUUGUGAUGGAGGGGUUGACAGAAGUACUGUACAGUAUAUAGAUAGAUG